AGAAUAAAACACGAGGAACCAGAAACCUGCAGAAUAAAACACGAGGAACAAGGAGGCAUGAUGAAAAUGAAAGAAGAAAGACAAGAUCUGAAUGAGGUGGAGGAGAAAUAUCAGCAUCAGAAAGAUCAUGAUGUCAAUGGAGAAAAAUCUGUGAGUUGCAGCAUUAAAAAAAAAGAAGUCAAAAAGCCUUUCAGCUGCUCUCAGUGUGGAAAGAGUUUCAUAUGUAAGAGAAAUCUUAAGGAUCACAUGUUAAUUCAUGCUGGAAUAAAGCCUUUCAGCUGCUCUCAGUGUGGAAAGUGUUUUACACAGAAAGCAAGCCUUAAGAAGCACUUGUUAAUUCAUGCUGGAAUAAAAGCUUUCAGCUGCUCUCAGUGUGGAAAGUGUUUUACACAGAAAGCAAGCCUUAAGAAGCACAUGGUAAUUCAUACUGGCAUAAAGCCUUUCACCUGCGCUCAGUGUGGAAAGAGUUUUACACAGAAAACAAGCUUAAAGAAUCACAUGUUAAUUCAUGCUGGAAUAAAGUAUUUCAUCUGCCCUCAGUGUGGUAAGAGUUUUACAAGGAAAGGACAACUUAAUGGUCAUUUGGUAACUCACUCUUCAGAGAAACCUUUCCGCUGCUCUCAGUGUGGAAAGAGUUUUACACAGAAAGCAACCUUAAAGGAUCACAUGUUAAUUCAUACUGGGAUAAAGUCUUUCAGCUGCUCUCAGUGCGGAAACACUUUCAGACAUAAAGCAAGCCUUAAGGAUCACAUGUUAAUUCAUACUGGAAUAAAGCCUUUCAGCUGCUCUCAGUGUGGAAAGACUUUUACACAUAAAUUAAGCCUUAAGAGGCACAUGUUAAUUCAUACUGGAAUAAAGCCUUUCAGCUGCUCUCAGUGUGGAAAGACUUUUACACAGAAAGGACAACUUAAUAUUCAUUUGGUAACUCACUCUUCAGAAAAGCCUUUCAGCUGCUCUCAGUGUGGAAAGAGUUUUGCACAUAAAUCAAACCUUAAGAGGCACAUGUUAAUUCAUACUGGGUAAAAGCCUUUCACCUGCUCUGUUUAGAAAGACUUUUACACAGAAAGGACACUGCAAGGUUCAUUUGGUAACUCAAUCUUCAUAAAAGCCUUUCAACAUAAAGGGAUCAUUACGUCUUUGGCAGACGACACAAUGACACUAUGAACACGGUCCGUGUCACUAGUUAAAAUUGCUUAUUUCUCUGGAUUUAAACAUUCUUUGAAUCAUUUGGGAUAAUGUAAGCACACAAGUCAGCAAAAUCUAUAACACUGGUCUAGUUGUUUUGGGGUAUUUUAAUAAAAAAAACGUACAUAUUGUGCAUUUAAUGUUUCUAAAAACUAAGGAGAUGACUAUUGAUUUUAACUCUAGGAGGAAAUCUAUUUAGUAUAAGCAAACAAGCAUUAAUGGAGUAGGUAUUGAGAGUGUUUAACAGUACAAGUAUUUGGGUACUGUUUUGGAUAACAAAUUGUAAUUUUCUCCCAAUACUGAGGUUUUGUGUAAGAGGGGGCAGCAAAGAUUGUAUUGCUUGCGGAAACUAAGGUCAUUUAAUGUGACAAAACAUUGAUGUGCAUGUUCUACAGAUCCUAUAUUGAGUUACUGUUAUCUUUUUUCACUAGUGUGCUUGUUUAAUUCUCUAAAUGUGAAAAACAAGAAUUGUCUUGAGAUGAUUGUUAACCAGGGAAGUAAAAUAACGGGGAGGAAGCAUAUGACUACGGUUCAGUUAUAUCAUAUACAAGUUUUGGGUAAAGCCCAGAGCAUUUUGUUAGAUGAUUCCCACCCUAUGUAUCACAAGUUCCACCUUCUCCCUUCUGGCAUUCGUUAUAGACCCCCUAUUAGUAAAACAAAUCGGUUUAGACAUUCAUUUAUCCCCUCAGUGGUAAAGUUUUUAAAUUUAAGGUAAGAACUUUUUAGGAAGGAAAUGGAUUGUGUUUUUUGUAUUGUGCUUUUGUUGUUUAUGUUAAAUGUUUGAUUGCUGCAACCAAAUUGCCUUCAGGAAAUAAAUAAAAUGAACUGAACUGAACCUGC